AUGUAUAUUGCCCGCACGUCCAUGGCCCAUGCCCGUGCGCCCCAUUUUAUGUGGCCCUACGCUCCGUUGGCACGUUCGCAACAGGUUACUGUGGACUCAUGGGGUGCUGGAGCUGGAGGUGCUGCCACUGGAGGUGCUCGGUCUGGGGGUGCUCCUUUGAGGGGUGCUGGCGGUGGAGGUGCAGGCACUGGACGUGCCAGUUCUGGGGGUGCCGGAGCAGGAGGUGUUGGCACUGGAGGUGCUAGUUUUGGGUGUGCUGGAGCUGGAGGUACUCGCACUGGAGGUGCUAAUUCUGGGGGUGCUGGAGUGGGAGGCGCCGGCACUAGAGGUGCUAAUUCUGGGGGUGCUGGAGUUGGCGGCACUAGAGCGGUUGGCGCGGGAGAGGUGGGAUUUGCAACAGUUGGACUUGCAGGAGUAGCAGCAAGAGGAGGAGGAGGAGGAGGAGGAGGAGGAGGAGGAGGAGGAGGAGGAGGAGGAGGAGGAGGAGGAGGAGCAGCAGCAGCAGCAGCAGCAGCAGCAGCAGCAGCAGCGUGUGCAGCAACGAAGCAGCAGCAGCCGUCGCAGCGGCAGCAGCUUGUGCAGCAGCAGCAGCAGGCGCAGCAGCCGCCACUCUUGGAGCAUUUGUUCCCACCAAUGAGUCGCCUUCUGUCCCUUGGGCUUCCUUCCUCUCCUCCUGUCCUCUCAUAG